CUAAAGCGGCGGCGGGGGCGCGGCCGCGCACGAGGGGGCGUGUGAGGGGGAGCGGCGGGGAACGGCCGCCGCCGCAGACACAGCCGCAGGCACAGCCCGCCGCCGUCCCUCCCGCCGCAUGGAGCUGUCGGCCAUCGGCGAGCAGGUGUUCGCGGUGGAGAGCAUCCGCAAGAAGCGCGUGCGGAAGGGGAAAGUAGAAUACCUGGUGAAGUGGAAAGGAUGGCCCCCAAAAUACAGCACAUGGGAGCCAGAGGAUCAUAUCUUGGACCCUCGCCUGGUAGUGGCUUAUGAAGAAAAGGAAGAGAGAGACCGUGCAUCAGGGUACAGGAAAAGAGGCCCCAAACCAAAGCGCCUCCUACUGCAGCGGCUGUAUGGCAUGGACUUGAGGAGUGCCCACAAGGGAAAGGAGAAGCUCUGUUUCUCUCUUGCGCGGAGGUUUGGAGGAGGAGACAGUAGCCUGCCAGGGACCAAGACAGGGCAGGCAGAGUUCCCAGAGAAGACUGGGGGAGCAGUCCUGCCAUUUUCUCUCCGGAAGCAACGCAAAAACCAGAAGUACCUGCGACUGUCAAGGAAGAAGUUCCCCCGCAUGGCGAGCCUGGAGAACCGAAACUGCAGGCAUGAGUUUUUCCUGAAUGAUGCAGUGGGCCUAGAGGCCAGGCAGGGCCCUGAAGACUGGGAGGCCAUGCAGCACACCAGCAAAGAAGCAGAUGUGGAUGCCAGUCUCCCUUGGAUCCCCACUGUGCCCCCCAGUGAAGUGACAGUGACAGACAUCACGGCAAACUCCAUUACCGUCACUUUCAGAGAAGCACAAGUGGCUGAGGGCUUCUUUCGAGACCGGAGUGCACAGUUCUGAAUCUCUUGUUUGCAGUGCUCCCCAAAAACAGUGCUUUUAGGGUGGAGCUAGGGAAGGGUUACGUUAUCCCUUAAGAGAAAAAAAAAAUCCAAAAUGUCUCCUCUUAAAAUGUUUACAGAGACUUUUUUUUUUUUUCUCCUUUUUCCCCAUUCAGAUACGCAAAAAAGAGCAGUGUAGGGGGUGUGUGUUUGUCAUUGCUUUGUCCAGCUGAAAAACUGACAGCCCUUUCCCUGGCAAAGACUCCCCUCCUUGAUGUGAAAGCAGCAAGCUGAACAAUUCGCCUUUUAUCCUGUCAAGUGGCGGCAGCUGCAUUUGUGGGGAGAGGGCAUGUGGAGGUGGAAAGAGAGCUGGAUCUCUAGCCUGCCGCCUUGUUCUGCAAUUGAUAUCCCUUGGAUAAAGAUACAUCUCUGUGCAUUGCUCUUCCCACCUUCCUCCUCCCUCUCUUCCUGCAGCAGUGAGACGCAAUGGAUCCUACCUGUGUAGAUUACUCCAGCCUGUUUAAGACUUUCUCUCCAGUGCUGUUUUCCCUGUGGCCUGCUGUCAGGACUUCAGAAUCCUAUUUGCCUGUCUGUGGUAAGUCAGUCUUUGCAGCACGGGUCCAUAUAGACAGCAGAGGUUUCUCCCUUUGAUUGCUGAUCAUGCGGAAAGGCUGAAAUGCAUCUCUGAAAUCUAAAUUGGCAACGCAAAUUCAAUUUGCCCUCAUUAAAAGCUCAGAAACCCAGCGCAGUCAAGACAUACCAUUCUGUAUAUGCUAAACAGGAUUUCCAGGCUCGGCUCUGCUGUGUGAGGAAUGCAUUAUAAAAAGUGGGGUCUUCUUACCCUUUGCCAAAUUCAGUAUUAAUAACAAAUGCUGCCCUGGAUCUGUGGUAAUAAGUUGGUUGAAAACUGACUCCUCUCCCCUGGGAGGAGGGGCUAAUAGGACAACUGAAGCAUUGCCUGGCACUGCAAAGAUAUUCAAGAAACUGGCACAGGCCCAGGACACAGGAAUUGGACAGAACUGAGCUAGAAAUGGACCUUGAUUAGCAGCAAAUUCUGUUUUUGGAUCCCAUAGAGAGAUCCAAGGUAAACAACAUGUGGGGAAAGCAUGUAUUAGAUUUGAAGAGGGGAAAAAAAUUCUUAAUUCUUAGCAAUGAGAAUUCUUGGAUUGUACUGCCUGAGUGAUAUUCUUCCAUGACUCCAGUCUCCUCACAGUAUCUGUGAUCCUACUUUACUGAUAGGAACUUCCCCUUGGAAGACUAAAAAAUCUUUGCCAAGGAAAGCGGUCUGCAUUUCAAUAGACCCUGCCUAAUCUUGCACUUAAAAAUGCCUUGUGCUGGACUGCCUGUGACACUUUGAGGUUUUUGAAGAAUUGCUGUAUUUUGAGUUGGUAAUUUAGCAUAGCAUCUGUUCUUGCACAUGCAUGUUCUCUUCCAUUUUUAAAAGCCAAUUUUAUUUAAAUAAUUUUUUAAAUAUAGAUCUUUUCCUAUGGAAAGCAAGAAAAGUAAGCUAGUCUGAAGGGGGAACUGCAGGACAGAGUCUGCAGGGUAACAUUGGCUACUGUUGUGAGUUCUGUACUCAAAUCCUUUGUUUCCUCACCCCACCCCACUUGAAGCAUCUCUUGUAUGCUGUAUUUAUUCUAAAUGAAGCUAUGAGCCUUCUCAGCUGUGAGACCACCUGUGGAAAUCCUCAGUGUGUUCCUGUGAGGGGCUUGGCUGCUGGCCCGCAGAAUUUUGGAGCUCUGGGGCUUCUAGUCCUCCGAACAUCUACUUUUUGCAAAGUUCUUGGACAGCCCCUAUGGCUUUUAUUAAAAGCAGGUUUUACCUCAUAUGGGACAUGGCAGCUCAGUGUAAAUUUAGGAUUUGCCCUUCCAUCUCAGAGCUAUUUGAGCAAGCCUGUCUUCCGCUGCAUCACAGCAGUUUCAGGACCUCUGGGAAGGUCUUGAAUUUUUGGACUGAUCUUUUGUCUCUCAAAAGAAGUAAGAUGGGAGUUUUAUUAUGGAGAAAUUUGAGAGGGUGAGAAGUGGAAGCUGAGGGGGGGUGGAAUUACAAGGUAGGAGGAAGAGUGAGUGGGAAAUUAGCUUGCAGUAGCUAGCAAGGGCAAACUGAUGAGGUAAGCAUGCAGACGCAGGAUGUUUGUUGAACGUGGGUGUCCAGAGCGAGGCUUCUGUGUCUGGAGUUGUACCCUCUUUUGCAGGAUGUGGGGUCAGACAGUGUUGUUAUCAUCAUCCCCCCACACACACCCUCUUCCCAACACCUGCCAAAUGUGCUGAAUACCUGCAUUUCUCUUGUGUUGUGGGCAGUGGACACACCAAAUGGCUGAGUCCACUCUUGUGGGUUGUAGCAGGUCAGGUAGUGAUGGUUGCAGAAGCAUAAUAUUUUAGCUUUUUUUAAAAAGUGUUUUGAACUGCAGCUCACCCUGAUAGAUCUUUGUGGCAUUUAUAGGAUCUGGUUUCUCUAUUCUAAUGCAGAAACUGAUGCCUUUGUCAUGUCUUCAUCUCAGAGUACAAACACACCAAAAAAAGCUUCCUAUUUACUAAGUUCCUGGCUUUGGCUGACAUCGGAAGCAAUACCAAUCCUGCGACAGGAAAGAGCUUGUCCUAAUAAACUAGAUUUCCAUCUUCUGCUUUUCUUUCCACUCGCCAGCUGACACUUGUCAAUGCUCUGUUUUGGCAUUUUUCUUUAAACAUAUUUUCUUCCUCUUGCAGUGGAGUUUUCAAAGACCUGCGGUGGUCUUUCAAAGACGAUCCACCCACAGCUUCAUAUCUUAAUCAUUUUUUGGAUCAGGCUAGCUUGUGUUCUGCUGGUGACUAAUCAUCUCGCUGCACAAAGUGUGGAACAAAGUACCUGGCUGCGAUGCUGCUUUGUGUCAAUGAGGAGUUAACUAUAAUCGAGUUAAGACGCAACAAGCUGCGUGUGCGUGGGUUUGGGGGAGGGGGGGUGUGAAGAGGAGUUUGUGGUAGGAAACUAAGCAGUUACUUCGUUGGCGUGGACUUUUUUUUUUGACAUUCAUGAAUUCUUGUUUAUCUUAAAGAUCUUUUUGAGAUGGUUUUUCUCCUGAUCUUUUUAAAAAAACAUG